CACAAAUAUACGCGCUUGCUCCUGCUCAGCCACGACAGGCCCCACAGCCGACGGCCGCGAGCCCUCGACUGAGCUUAACCUCCCAUACGCGUUGAGCAUUUUCGUGACCGCUGCCUUACCUUGUGUCCCACCCUUAUGAGUGGCGAAGUUACUAAUGCACGGUCUGCGUGGUUGUUAGCUUUCAAGGCCGCGGUUGAUCUUUUGUUACGCAAGGACGCGGCCGCUGAUGCGCUGCGUCGUCGUUAAAAACCGCCAUGUUGGUGUGGUGUUUUUCCUGGAGCCUACGCAGUUGUGGUGAAAGCCGAAGCAACUUCGGGAAGUGUGCCUUGCCCUAAAGUGGUUGCGCUAGGUUUCUCCAAUUUGGUUUAGCUGCUCUUGGCUCGGCUGCCUCGUCUGGGCAGGAUCGGCCUGUGGGCCAGCUAUCACAGGAAGGCGGGUCAUGUAUAAGCCUAGACAGCCAGUGGUACGGGAAACGAGCUUGUUAUCACUGACGCUGCGGUAGAAUGAAGUUUUCUGAUAGCCAUUCACUGCUCCGCUCGGCGUCUCGUCUGCCGCACCUCGGGCCUGUUGAUGUGUUCAAUGGCAUCUACGAUGGUGGGCACGGCAUUGGUGCAACGGGGGCCUCCAGCCUUCCCGGCACCUGAGCAGACGGUUACGGAUGGACCCAUGGGAACGUUAUUGACCAAGUUUACCAAAAAGAUGACCGAUCCCACUGACUAUAGCCAAGAACAAGUUAGGUUCAACACUUUUCGUGGGUGGCCCCAGAGUGCCCCAGUGUCUGCAAAAAAGCUGGCCCAGGGUGGUUUUGUGUGCAGUGAUGUACUCAGAUUUCUGACGCGGUGUUACAGUUGUGGGCUCGAGGUUUCAGAUUGGAGUAUUGCGGACGUUGUUGUGGAAAAGCACCGCAGGCUGCGGCCAAGCUGUGCGUUUGUGCGCUCUCUUCCAAGUCCGCGUGUUUCGGCGGAGACAAGCCCCCAGUCGCCUUCAACCGCCACUUCAUCCGCCGGUGCAACGCAUGUAGAGAGGAUGCACGUUGACAGUGUGGCUCCUUCGUUGCCGCGCACUGGCAGUGUGCCUUCGGUGCAAAGUCGGACUUUCGAGACUGUGCCACAGGGUGGUGCACGAAAUGACGCUCCCCUUCAUCGGCUUCAGGCGUCUGAGGAAGAGCGGUUCAACACGUUCUACGACUGGCCACUGACUUCUCCGACGCCGCGGACUCUCGCUCAGGCGGGCUUUUACUACCUUCAUGAACAAGACAAGGUGAAGUGUGCCUUCUGCAAGGGCGUAGUGCACAAUUGGGAGCCCGGGGACGACCCCCUGCGGGAGCACGCCCACCACUACCCGUGUUGCCGGUAUCUUCUAAACCCCGACCUGGCCGGCCAUGACGAGUGCGGUCACAUGUCGUGGCAGCAGGCGCGCUCCGCGCCGGAGUGUGCGGAGCUGUUCAUUGCCGAAAGCGCCGAAGGACAAGGACUACAGUUAAAAGGAAACACUCCUUCGUCAGAGCUAUCUGGCCUCGGCGUGUCUGUGCACGUCGGCCCCAAGCAUCCCUCGCAAGCAUCGCCCGACGCCCGGCUGCGGACUUUCGAAAAGUGGCCCACAACGUGCCCCAAGCGGCCCCAGGAAUUAGUAGUGGCGGGAUUUUUUUACAUUGGCGUUAAUGACUAUACAAAGUGUUUCCACUGCGACGGCGGCCUCUGCAACUGGGACGUAAAUGACGACCCCUGGGAGGAACACGCCCGUUGGUUUCCUCGUUGCCAGUUUGUGCUGCUGUCCAAGGGCGAGUCGUACGUGCAGGACUGCCUCAAGCGACACCAGUCGCACCUCAGUGCGGUGGCAGCCAGUGCAUCAACGAGUUCCCAAGGACAGUCUGGAGGUGCAGAAGACGGAAUGACAACUGAACUGGCGGCGCUCAUGCGAUCCGAAGACGUGCAAUUCUACUUGUCACAGGGAGUCCCUGCCCAGACUCUGCGGGCUGCAUUGCUGAAGCACAUGCGGAGCCAGAAUCGUGGCUUUGCGAGCCGGGAUGAGCUUCUACAGGUUCUUGGCGAGCUUCUUACCCUGCCAAGGGCUUCAGCCGACCAGAGUCCACAGCGUUCGGCUACAAACAGUGUCACGAUCACCAAAGUGGCGACAAAUCCUCAGACGGAGGGCAUAGUUUCUGGAGCAAAGAAUGCAUCGUCGGAGAGUCUUACAGAAGGAUUAGAGUCUUCAGAUUUGGCUCUGGAAAACCUGCGGCUCAAGGACCAGCGCCUCUGCAAGGUGUGUCUCGACGCCGAGGUAGGCGUCGUGUUCCUGCCGUGCGGCCACCUGGUGGCUUGCCCUGCUUGCGCCUCCGCCCUGUCAGACUGCCCUGUGUGCCGCGCGUCCAUCCGCGGCACCGUGCGGACAUUCUUCUCGUGAAACCAACGAUAAAGAGAGGAAGUGUGUGCACGAGAUCCUCCAGCUGUAACCUGCAUUUUCGGCAAAGCUUUAGUUUAGAAGGCAAUGGGCCCUUGUUAAGCUGUUAGAAAACGUUUCAUUCUUAAAAUAUUUCCCGCCUUUCUUCUCUGGUAACUCGAAACCUUAUUUCCCUGAUAAUCCUGUAAGACCACAGGUUAAGGCGUACCUAUGCCGGUAAACUGUAUGCAGAUCUUGCGAUGCGUGCCUGCAGUGUUUUGUGCACCUGCGGUAAAACACAAGGUGCAUCUUACCGCUCUUAAGGGAGAACAAUCGGUCGCGAGCACUUUAUUUUUUUAAUGCCGUGAGCGAGACCCGUCAUGCACAUCAGUAGAUUAACAGGCCAAUUUCAUUCACAAAAGAACACUUACUUUCAACGAUUUCUUGGGUCUGUUGCCUUCCACCCGAGCGGCAGGUCUUGAAACACCUGCCGCAUGCUCGGUAAGAGAACUCGCAGCUCGCCGAGAGGUGAAAGUGGCGAGCUCUGAAAAUUGUGUCGAUGGCGUCGCAGGAGAAGGGGUGUGCCUCGGCUUUGCUAUCCUCUGUCUUGGUUUUAUUGGCCUAUAGUGCAGUUUUGCCAGAGAGAUGCUUAUGGCUGUUUUGUGACGUUUGUAAAUAUUGCAACUGAGCGUCAAUAACCAGCACAGGGCUUUACAGGUGUAGCCAUGCUCUCGUCAGUUGUAUCGAUGUUCUCCAAGAUGUUAGUCCGAAGUAGCUUACAUGCAGUGCCUGUUGGGAAAUUUUACCGGCUUAUCUGGAGCAGCAUUUUUCUGCCCGAUGGACAGGGGGGAGUUGAUAACGGACUAGUUCGGCAAGUGCAGCCUGCUCCAAAUAAGCCUGUGAAAUUCCGUGAAGUCAUGAAAUCAGUGGAAACCAUGGAAACGACCCCCGUGAUCAUUCCCUGUAAUCAUCCCUGGAACGAACGCAUGGAAUCAAUUUGUGGAAUAAUUGGCAGCAAGUGUGGGUCUAGGGCAAUGGUUAACUAUUAACGCACCAGCUCUUUUUCUUUAUUGUGGCACAGGCAAACUUGGGACUUCGUCAGUCACAAUGUUAUGUAAAACGGGCAAGACACCGUACAAGUACCACUUCUUCUACAAACUUUUUGAAAGGUAACUAUUUCACAAUGUCCUGGUCAAGUCAAACACUAUGGGUCACUUUUAGUGGCAUUUCAGAAGUGUUAUUGCCAUUCUAGCUUACUUUGCUUAGUUGCCCUUUAAACGAGAUUACAUAUUUUAAUGACGCCUGCAUUUUUAUGUACAUUGUUUUGACAUCAUUACCUUUAACAAGAAAAGCACAGCAGAAAGUUAUUAUCAAGCCAACACGUGUAGCUUCAGUAUAUUUUUGUCGGUGGAAGCAUUUCACGUUUUCCUAGAAGACUAAUGCCAGCUGGAAGCAUUGCAUAGUUGCUUUGUUACAUUUAUUAAUCAGUUACGCUCACCAUUUGUUAAUCAGAUGUACUUACCCUUUACUGUUUUUACGAGUACUCACCUGCCUACCAAGGAUUACAUAACGCAGCAGACCUUCAAACUGUUUCCUUCUCUUCUAGCAACGACAGACGUAGUCUAUUUUUGUUCAAGACUGGACUUCUAAACUAUAGAAACACUUCAUUAAUCUCUCUGUAAGCUCUAAGAUACUUUAAUUCUAGGUUUGCUACUGCGGGAGUCGCAUCACAAUUUAGUCACGGUACACGGCACUUCGUACAGUUGCAGAGCAAGUUGAGGCACGACGUUGUCACUGUCGGAAUGUGAACUGUGGCGAGAAUUUGAAGACGAACGUAGAUUUGUUAUGCUUAUUUCAAUUUCGCCAAGCACUCUUCAUAUAUCUGUUAUCGUUUAAGGUGCCAGAUUGAAGGUUGUUUUUGGAAGACAUGGCUAUUUACAAAGCCAUUAAGAAGUUUUCUUUUUAUUGUGAUGUCUAUUUAUUUAAUAGGAUUAGCACUAUCUGUUUCUUAGGUUCUUCUCUUUAUGCAUAAAAGCAAAUGCAAAUUUUUUCAAAUUGCAAAUGCUAAUUGUUACUAGAUUUUUUUAGUAGAAAGCUCAGUGCAACUGACUCAUUCUAGGUGGCUGUAAAGAAAAAAAAAGUACGCUUAUUCAUCUUCAUCACUUUUUCAAGGACACCUUUCUUUUCAUUCAACUGACAGACACCUCUUUAGCCAGAAGCUGGCGCGAGCAGUUGCUUAUUCAAUGUGAGAUCUUGCUACGGCACUUAGAGGCAGCUAGCUCAUUAUCUAGUUUCUGACGCGAGUUUUUUUUUUUUUUUUUUUUUCGUUGUGCCGUAGUUUAGUCUAUUAGAUGAAUUUUAAUGUCUUUGUACCAAAGCCUGUAUAUCUUUCUGGUGUUCAAAUAUUCAUUCAUCUUAAGGUGCAAACUAUUGCACAACUUGUUUCUAUGCAUAGACUUCUGUGUGUGGCUGUGCUGUCAAUGCCUGUGUGCUGUCGGUGUCUUGUCACUGCGAUGGAGCAUACUCGCCAGCAAGCAGUGCCAGUUCAGUCACAUUUGAUUGCAUUCAAAAGUACACGCUUUUCAGCUGGCCAGAUGUGGCACUACUGAUGUAUCGAAAUAAAUAAAUUUUUGCCACCUCUCUGUGGCGCUUUUGUGAAAAUGUGUAUUUUGCAAAAGUUGUGGCCACGGGAAUGCAGGUGUUUUAUAUGCCUCGAACUGGAGAUUUGACAGAAAUAAAAAUUGGCCUGAAUCUA